AUGUUUUUCACCGGAAUCCAUUUCUCCGACUGUCGCCCCCUUCGUAGGACGACUACAACGACAAAGAUUCCGAUGCACUACUCGACGGCUGAGUUCUACGAAUACUGGCGGCGAGGAAUUUCCGACGAGAGAAGGUUAUCGGUGGUGAACUCAAGCGAUAAGUACGACCUUGUUUACAGAGUUUCCGGCAAAAAAGUUCCUGCCGGACCAAAUCCGCUUCACAAUAGAUAA